AUGAUCGGGCCAAUAGAUCUUCCUCAACCACCACUCCCCAGGCGGGCUCGCAUCGCCGUCACGCUAGGCGAUCCCUCCGGCAUCGGCCCCGAAAUCACCGCCAAGCUCCUCAGCAACCCAGCGAACCGCGAGAGGGCAGAUAUAUUUCUUCUGGCUGAUAAUUCAGAGCUGCGGUCUGCAAUAGAAGAUGCUGGAGGCGUGCAUGUUUCCAUAUCUCCCGACUCACCCGGGCCACAUGGAAUCCAGGUCCUUGACGACAAUAGCGCGACACAGUACCCCUCGACACGGGGCGAAGUAUCAAAGGCCAGUGGUGGACGCGCUAUCCACCAGCUGAAGAGAGCAUUAGGGCUCGUUCAGGCGGGAAAAAUCGACGCCAUCGUCUUUGCGCCGCUGAAUAAGAGCUCGUUGAAGCUCGCGGGGAUGACAGAGGAAGACGAGCUGCGCUGGUUUGCGAACCAGCUUGAUUUCACGGGCGUCACAAGCGAGAUCAAUAUUGCUGGUCCACUGUGGACUGCGAGGGUUACGAGCCAUAUUGGUGUUGAGGAAGUGGCUAGGCGCAUCACAAAGGAGUCUACACUAAAGGCUAUUGAGUUACUGCAUAGGCUACGAUGGGAAUCUGGUAUCGAAUCCCCGCGGCUCGGCGUCUGCGCCCUGAACCCGCACAACGGCGAAAACGGCGCCUUCGGCCGACAAGAAAUCGAGCACAUCCGGCCCGCGGUCUCUGCGGCAGUCGAAAAGGGUAUAGACGUACAGGGUCCCUUCCCCUGCGACACGAUCUUCUUGAAAAGGCAGCACUUUGACGGUAUCGUCACCAUGUAUCACGACCAGGGCCAGAUCGCGAUGAAACUGCUUUCGUUUGAUGGUGGUGUGACGGUGCAGGGCGGAUUACCAAUUCCUGUUGCGACGCCGGCGCAUGGGACGGCAUUUGAUAUUGCGGGGAAGAAUCUGGCCGGUGUUACGAGUGUGCAGAAUGCGUUUGAUGUUGCGGUUACUAUGGCGGAAAGAAGGAUUAGGAAGGAGGCUGGUUUGGUGCCUGAGAGUGUAUCUGUGCCUGUUAAGAAUGGGGCUUGUGUGGCGAGGGUAGAGGUCCUCAAUACGUCGUGUUGCUGA